UCCGCUGUCAACCAUGGCCACGACGUUGACGCCGGCGCGGACGCCCCCGCGGUCUCUAAGUCGCUCGUUGACGAACAAGCCAACGCCAGCGACGGCGAAGGACCAAGCGAAGACAAAGAAGCAGGUGAAUGCUGCGGCGGAAAUGGAGCUCCUCUUGCAGAUGACGGCAGGCCCGCUCGAAUCGAGUGUCAUCCCGCGCUGGAAGCGCAAAAAGAAGGUCGAAGCCGUCUCGCCGUCCCCGGCAAAGCGAAAGAAGAUCACGAAUGAUCGCUUCAUUCCGAAUCGGUCGGCCAUGGACAUGAAAGUCUCGAGCCUCAAAGUCACGGCGCCGUUCGAAGCGAAGGCGGCGCAACCCUCGGUGACAACCCCAACGCCUGCAUCGAUCGCCGCGCCCGACAGUCCAUCACAGCAGACUUUUCAAACGUGCUUGGCCAAGUCGCUACUGGGCACGAGUGACCUUGAAGGCCAUCGAAUUCUUACCUUCAAGGACAAGCCUCCUGCAGCGGACGACCCUGCGUCAUUCAAGGGUGCUCUCAACGUCAUGUACAACAAGCGUGCGACGUCGUCCAAGAUCAAGCCACUGCUGACGCGCCACAUUCCGUCCGCGCCGACCAAGGUUCUCGACGCACCCGAACUCAUGGACGACUACUACCUCAACCUCCUAUCGUGGGGCAAAAACAAUGUGCUCGCAGUUGCGCUCGGCGCGUCACUGUACCUCUGGAACGCUGCGACAGGCGCCAUCGACGAGCUCAUGGCGCUUGAUGGCGACGAGUACAUUAGCUCCGUCUCGUGGAUCCAAGAAGGCAACACGCUCGCAGUUGGCUCGAGCGACGCAACGGUGCAGCUUUGGGACACGACCAACGCCAAACUACUCCGGACGCUCAACGGCCACUCGGCACGUGUAGGUGCGCUCUCGUGGAACCGCCACGUGCUCUCGUCGGGCUCGCGCGACACAUCCAUCAUUCACCACGAUGUCCGCGUUGCGUCGCACAUCGUUGCGACGCUCAACAGCCACGAACAAGAGGUCUGUGGUCUGCGCUGGUCACCCGAUGGUACCAAGCUCGCAUCCGGCGGCAACGACAACGCGCUUUGCAUCUGGAACCAGAUGCAAACAACUCCGAUGCACAAACUCACGGACCACUGCGCUGCCGUCAAGGCGCUCGCGUGGUGCCCGUGGGACCGCCACGUCCUCGCCUCUGGCGGCGGCACGGCCGACCGCACGAUUAAGCUGUGGAACGCGCAGACAGGAAGCCUCCUCCAGUCGACCGACACGGGUUCGCAGGUAUGCGCACUGCUCUGGUCGACGAGCGAGAAGGAGCUUUUGAGUUCGCACGGCUACGCGCAGAACGAACUCUGCCUUUGGUCGUACCCCGCGAUGCGCAAGGUGAAGGAGCUCACGGGUCACUCUGCGCGCGUCCUGCACCUCGCAGCCGGCCCUGACGCUACGACAGUCGUCUCUGGCGCCGCCGACGAAACGUUGCGCUUCUGGAACAUCUUUGCGCCGGCUGUUGUCUCGUCCAAGGCCAAGGCCCCUCCGGCGACUGGUCUACGCGCCGCCAGCAUUCGAUAGACAAACCGCCGACUAUUGUGUGCAAUGUAUUCUGAAAUUAUGUAGUAGUGG